GUACUGUAAGCACCAUCAUCCCCGGCAGGCACCCGUUAAUUAACCCCCACCGCUCGAGCUAACCUUGUUCCAUGAUGGCCGACACAGCACCCCCACCGGGCUCAGCGCCUAGUCAUACUGCCCGCGUGGCGAUCGUCACAGGCGCCGCGCAGGGCAUCGGACGCGCGAUCGCGCUGCGGCUCGCGGAGGACGGGCUCGAUGUCGCUGUUGCGGAUGUCGCGGCGCAGCAGGCGAGGCUGGAUGAGGUCGUGCUGCUCGUAAGGGCCAAGGGGCGGCGGGCGCUUGCUGUCGCUACGGACGUCGCGGUGGAGAGGGAGGUGGAGGAUCUGGUGCGAAGGGCUGUGGAUGAGCUGGGCAGGCUGGAUGUGAUGGUGGCGAAUGCUGGGCAGAACUUGGUCGGGUCUAUAGUUGACACGCCCAUGUCUGAGUGGCAGAGGAUCUUCGGGAUAAACGUUUACGGGACCGCGCACUGCUAUCGCGCCGCGGCGAACGCGAUGAUCGCGCAGGGACAAGGUGGACGUAUCAUCGGCGCGACCUCAGUGCAGGGAAAGACAGGUGCUCCGUUGAAUGGGGUAUAUGGAGCGACCAAGGCGGCUAUCCGAUCUAUCACGCAGACGUUGGCGAGAGAACUCGGACCACACGGAAUCACCGUCAAUACGUAUGCCCCUGGUCCCAUAGAUACGCCAUUCAUGCACGACGCGGUCGAGAAGAUCGCAAAGGGUUUGGGCGCUCCGUCAAAAGAGGCAUUUAUGGGCCAGUUCUUGCAAAUGUGCUCUGUGAGCAGGCUGGGGACGCCUGAAGAUGUGGCAGGAGUGGUAUCGUUUCUGGCCUCGAAGGAUUCCGCCUACAUCACCGGGCAAUCGUUCAACGUUGACGGCGGUAUGCUGGAUACAUGAGCGUCACGUACAUCAUAUGGUUGAGCGUAGGCAUAGUGGUGCGUCAGCGCGAUUGCAAGUCAUCAAGCCAUGCAUAGGUCUGCGAUAUCUUGACAUUUAGCAUGACGUUGCGUUGCGCCGGUUUGGGCUCUGGGAUCGAUAUUUUCCUCCUCCUGUCCUUCCCUGCCUGUGAAGCUGUGAAACUCGCCGUAUAGCUUGAUGUGCACGCCAGUGCCCGUUCAAACGAUGAGCGUAUGCAAAUAUUACUCCUGUGCGCAU